GCACACGCGUUUCUCCCCAACGAUCGAUUUCAGGAAACGCGCACGUUUCCCAGCAUCCUUCUAACCACCCUCCUGGUGAUUUCAGUGCUUUUGUGUCGUCGAACCCGCCGGGACCAAUUGGAACCCACUGGAACCCAUCCAUCCACUCUUCCCCAUCAGCAACACCGGCCAAAUCACUUUUAAAUCUUGCCGCCGAAAAUAUUGAAAAAUAAUCUCGUUUUUAUCGAAUCGCGUCUGUGUUAUCUCAUUUUCCAGUGUGUGUAUGUGCGCACGGAUUUCCACAAAUUCUACCCUCUGCCUUUGAUCUAUAACGACGGAGAGGACACCAUCAAAGGUUCGCUGUUAUGUCUCGACAACAACUUCCUGGUUGAAGGGCAUCUUCUUAAGGUCGGAAUCAUCUGGAACAAAAAGGUAGCAGAGCGUUUAGGCAAAUAAGAGGCACCAGUCGUUGAAAUAUGACAGAGACAUUGAGGGAUCCAGAACUGUUGGACUCGGAGAAUGCUGACGUAGCAAAAACGUCCCUCAACGCAACAUGUCCAUCAACCUCGAAAACUAAGGACCUACCAGCCAGGGACACAUGGAGCACCAAACUGGAUUUUAUCCUCAGUGUGGUCGGUCUCGCCAUCGGCCUGGGAAAUGUAUGGCGGUUUCCAUAUCUCUGCUACAAAAAUGGAGGAGGUGCCUUCCUCAUCCCGUAUUUUGUGACCCUCAUACUCGCCGGUAUUCCCAUGUUUUUCAUGGAAUUGGCAUUAGGACAAAUGUUAACAAUCGGUGGCCUAGGGGUCUUUAAGAUAGCGCCUUUAUUCAAAGGAAUCGGAUAUGCGGCUGCUGUCAUGUCCUGCUGGAUGAACGUCUACUACAUUGUCAUUCUCGCCUGGGCAAUAUUCUACUGCUUUAUGUCCAUGCGCAGUGAAUUACCCUGGGGCAGCUGCGGCAACUGGUGGAACACAAAAAAUUGUAUCAACCCCUAUUUGAGGAAAACCCUGCCUUGCUGGAAUAUCACAGCCAGGAAUCAUACUUCAGUCAAAAUGUGCUCCCUUAAUCACGUCAACGUUUCCUGGACUGAACUCACCGAUCCUGUCAAAGAAUUUUGGGAGCGAAGAGCACUCCAAAUUUCUGAUGGCGUGGAACAUGUGGGCUUCAUAAGAUGGGAGUUGGCAGCAACCCUUUUUUUGGUCUGGAUCAUGUGCUAUUUUUGCAUCUGGAAAGGAGUAAAGUGGACUGGAAAGGUGGUUUAUUUCACAGCCCUAUUCCCGUACGUUCUUCUCACAGUGUUACUGAUCCGAGGGAUUACUCUUCCCGGCGCUUCCGAUGGCAUCAGGUUCUACGUGAUGCCUAAUUUAGCGAAAUUGAAGGAAUCCGAGGUUUGGAUAGAUGCAGUAACCCAGAUCUUCUUUUCUUAUGGUCUCGGACUUGGUACCCUAGUGGCCCUCGGUAGCUACAACAAAUUCCACAACAACGUCUAUAAAGACGCUCUUAUCGUAUGCGCGGUGAAUUCAUCGACGAGUAUGUUCGCCGGCUUUGUUAUUUUCUCAGUUGUUGGAUUUAUGGCCCACGAGCAAGGAAGACCAGUGGAUGAGGUGGCAGCUUCCGGUCCAGGGUUGGCCUUCCUCGCGUAUCCUUCAGCAGUGCUUCAACUUCCUGGAGCCCCCAUCUGGUCCUGUCUCUUUUUCUUCAUGCUGCUGCUGAUAGGACUCGACUCACAAUUUUGUACCAUGGAGGGAUUCAUCACUGCUAUGGUUGAUGAAUGGCCCAAGUUACUUCGACCACGAAAGGAAAUUUUUAUAGCUGUCAUCUGUUUCUUGUCAUAUCUAGUUGGUCUCUCCUGCAUAUCACAGGGUGGAAUGUACGUCUUCCAAAUAUUGGACUCUUAUGCCGUAUCCGGUUUCUGUUUAUUGUUCCUCAUCUUUUUCGAGUGCAUUGCCAUUAGUUGGGCCUUCGGUGUCAAUCGAUUCUACGAAGGUCUGCGUGAUAUGAUUGGAUACUAUCCUUUUGUCUGGUGGAAAUUUUGUUGGACCGUAACCACACCAAUGAUUUGCAUUGGUGUCUUCAUCUUUAAUCUGGUGCAGUGGACACCAAUCAAGUAUCUCGACUACAAUUAUCCAUUGUGGGCACAUGUUUUCGGCUGGUUCACUGCAUUGUCCUCGAUGCUUUGCAUACCAGGUUAUAUGCUAUAUGCUUGGGUAACUACUCCAGGAGAUAUGCGAACAAAAUGCAGACUGCUGAUUCGAAUAGAAGAUGAUGUGAAAACAUUAAGAACGAGGAUGGGUCAGCCUCCAGUGGAACUGACACCUUUAUAAACGAAAUGCUUACCAGAUAAACUAAAUAAUUAUUUAUCAGGUCAUUAAGGUAGUGACUUAAUGGUCAGGUGCGUCACCAACAAAUUUCCAAAAGGUGAGAGCGAACCGCCGGCCGGAAUUUCGCGCAGAAACCGAUAAUAUAUAGGGGAAACCUCCCUACAGUAGAUAAUACAACCUACAGUGGAUAAUGAUUAAUUAAAUAUACCAAUUUAUACAGAAAAUUAACGUAAUGUAAUGAAUUAUUAAGACAGGAUACGUGGUAAACAAUUAAAUUUGCAAUUAAUUAUUUUAGGUAUAUUUGCUAUGUGAAUAAAUGAUUAUUUACUUUUGGUUGCAUUAUUCACUGUAGAGAGGUUCCCCCUAAUGCUUAUAACAAUAUAUAUUUGCUGCCUGUUAAAUUACGUCGACUCAUAAAAAUAUAUCAAUUAUAAAUCAAACAUAAUGUGAACUUAAAAUGUUGGUCAAUAUAUCAUUCUCACUGUUUACUGUUAAAAAACGUACACUGUCGAAGAUAAAUUUCCAAAGGCGAAAAAAUAUAGUGUUUUUACACACCGAAGCCUAAAGAUUAAAAAAAUGCACGGAGAUUUAGAUCUCAUAAUUAGAAAAAUAUAUGAUAUCAAUUAGUGGAAACACCAAAAAUCUAUUCUACUUUUGUAGAAUUUGUAUGAGCUUUUUACAGUGUACGUGUUAAAAAUAUUAAUCUUUAUUGAUCUGCCUAUGCAGUUUUUCGAGAGUAGCUUAAUAUCAAAUUGUUGUCGCUUAAAGAAAUCGUAGGAAAUUAGAAAUUUUUAGCAAACAUUGCAAAUUGAUGUAACAAGCUCGAAUUUUCAGAUGGAACAGUUUCGAAAAAGAAAUUUGACGAUCCGUUUUAUAGAAAAUAUUAUAUAUACAAAUUUUCAAAUUAUUUUUUUUAUCAAAUUGAAAAAUCUUUCAGUAUUUGAUGAUGAAUCAGUAUUAAAUAUAAAAUAGAACAAAAACCAAAGGAACCAAAAAUCAAGUAUGCAAUCUUUCUCGUUCGAUAAUAUAGUUCGAGUUGACCAUAUCAAAUAUUGACCACUUUACGUAUACAAAUAUGGAAACUUUACGAGUAAAAAUAUUUUGAAAUAUUAGUGCAGUAUUUAUCCACGGAUAAUUUUUGUAGUGACAGAAAAGCAAAGGAAAGACUUUUUGACACGUUCGCAAAUCGAUAUUCGAGCAACGAUGUUAACUUUUAAAUCUUCACCUUCAUGUAACUGAUAUGACAAUAACUUUACGUAAUUUUAAGAUACUUCCGAUCCCUACACCGACAAAUAAAUUAUCAAGAUCAAAAAAAAAACUUUAUUUUUUAUAUUACUUUGGCAAAUAUUUUGUAUAAUAUUUAUUUAACAGCUUGACAAAUUAGGUAUGACUUAAUCGUAGUAGUAUAGCACCAUGAAUACGGGGUAGCUUAUCGACCGAGUAAGGUUACCGGCAUCAAAUAGUUACCAUCGGUGCAGACCCCUGGCCGGGAUUAGCAUUACCAACCGAAGAUAAUUAUCUGAUGUCGGUAACUCAGAAUGGAAUAAAACUUCACUCGGUCAGUAAGUAAUCCCGUAGCUCUGUUGCUAUACUACUAAUACCGGUUUUUUAAGACUUUGGAGAAGAAGUAAUACAGUUUUUUAAUUGAUAUACUAUUUUUCGAAUUUUGAACUUUAUAUACUUUUUUGUCGGUGUUUUUACGCUGCGGACUAAAAAUGUGCCGAGUGUACAGUUCUUCCAAAGAUGUAAUAUAAUUAUAUAUAGACACGUGUUAGAGGUUUUUUCGCAAUGUUAUUCUUAUAUCGUCUAAAAAAUUAUCGUAACAUUUAGGUAACCACUGCGUAACACAAAAAGCAGUUCCGCUACUGCAACUGUGGCAGACGCACAAAAAAUGUUGUUAACUAUAACUUUAGGACGAGGGAGGGCUAUCAAAUAUUUCAAAAAUAUUUUUCUUCAUCUCAU